AUGGCGACUUUAUCUACAGCCCGCGCGUCUGGGCCUUCGGGAGGCGCAGGCGCACUCGGCGCCGCCGGCGGAUCCCCCUCAACCGGCGGUGCGAGCGCGUUUUCGCCUUCAGGGUCUCUCGCGGGAUUCCUGGAAAACUUUGCUGCUUUUCGGCCUUCCACUGGAGACAAUGACGAUAGCGACGAGUCGGGGAUGCCGCCUGGAGGCGGAUGCACAAUGCGCGAGUGGACGGAGCGCAUGGCCGAAGUCGAGGUGUACGAGCGCGAUUUGCAUCGCCUGAUUCUGAACUUUUUCACGGUCAACGGCUUUGGCGAGGCAGCUGCUGAGUUCGCCGAGGAAACCGGGUUGCAGCCGGACAUGCCGCUAGCGUCCAUAACGCGCAGGUCUCAGAUUCGCGAGGCCGUGCUGGAGGGCAGAAUGGAAGAAGCGCUUCGCCUCAUCGAUUUGGUGGAUCCGCAGAUUCUCGCAUCCAACCCGGAAGUGAACUUUCUCCUCAAGCAGCAACAACUUCUCUCUCUCAUCGAACGCGGCGAUACAUUCGCGGCGAUCGAUUUCGCCCAGCUGGAGCUCGCGCCAUGCGUCAGACAGCAUCCGGAUCUUCUCCCGAAACUCGAGGAAGCCAUGGCGCUUCUCGCAUUCAGCGACUUGAAGUGUGAAGAAGCGCAGCGACUCCUGGGAGGAAUGGACCAAAGACAGCAGACUGCGCGCCGGACUGAUGAGGCGAUUCUCGACUUUUUCAAUCUCGAACAAGAAUCGGCUCUCGAACACAUUGCCAAGAACGCCCUGUGGAGUCAGGAGCAAGUGCGCAAGAAGAAGCCGCUCUCGUGCCCCGCGCUGUUGAACCUCGCUACGGGGGCGAUGUCCCUGAAUGGGUCUGCGGACUUUGCCAGCGAGCGCGAGGGCCUGCCCGUGCCUCUUCCUUCGUGCACCCAUCCCGACUUUGCUUCUAACUCCGCGCGCGACUCUGGUGGCUCCGCCGGCGUCUUUCCUCGGCGUCACGGCCUUCGGGCCCGAGGCUCCGGCCCCGCUGAAGAGCCGGAACGGGAGACUGGUGGGGGAGCCCAAGGCUCCAGCGGAGCCACCGACCCCGAGGGGACCGCUGGUGCGCAGGGCGCGGGCCCGUCCGGAGGGCCUCACGACCGCGCCGGCGCCGGGGGAAGGACCGGCGAAGGCCCCGAGGGCGCUGGCGGGGCGGGCGUCGCGCGACUGGCUUUUCGCAGUGGACAGGCGGGGUCUGUGACGUCUCUUGGUCGAGGGGUUCAGGGCGAACGCAGCUCAGGCACAGGUGGGAGGAGACAAGGCGACAGGGGGCGACGCCGAGAAGGCGGCAGCUAG